CAUUCAGUUUAUCUGUCAAACUUCAGAUGUUAAUACAAACAAGAGCGAGAGUCAUACAAUUGUAUUCAUUUUAGUUUAAAAUGUCGUUAAAUCAAGAUAUUCGUCCUGAACUGUAUGAAGAAGUUAAACUGUAUCACAAUGCAAGGGAGAGAGAAAAGUAUGAUAAUAUGGCUGAUCUCUAUGCUGUGAUAUACACUUUGCAGCAACUGGAGAAGGCCUACAUUCGAGAUUGUGUCAUUCCUAAGGAAUAUACAGCAGCAUGCAGCAAACUGUUAGUGCAGUACAAGGCAGCUUUCCGCCAAGUGAAGGGAGAUGAAUUCCAAACAAUUGAUGCAUUCGUCAAAAAGUACAGGUUGGAUUGUCCAGCUGCUCUUGAACGAAUCAAAGAGGAUAGACCCAUAACCAUAAAGGAUGAUAAGGGGAAUACCAGUAAAUGCAUUGCUGAUAUUGUUUCUCUGUUUAUUACUUUGAUGGACAAAUUACGUUUGGAAAUAAGAGCCAUGGAUGAUUUGCAUCCAGAGUUAAGGGAUUUAGUUGAUACCAUGAACCGCCUAAGUCUGUUGCCAUCAGAUUUUGAAGGAAAGCAGAAAGUCACAGAUUGGUUGGCCACUUUAAACUCUAUGCAAGCCUCAGAUGAACUGUCCGAGGCUCAAGUGAGACAACUGCUGUUUGACUUGGAGAGUUCCUACAGUGCUUUUAAUAAAGUUUUACACAAUACGUCCUAAAUUAUAUUUUUUUUAAUUGCUUGGAGAUUAUUAGAGAUAUAUUGCA